AUGCCUUUAGUUUAACAUUACAUGCUAAGAAAGUCUAUUACUUUAAUUAAAAACGCAAACAUUUAAAUGACUUAAUAAGAGAUGGAUAAACAAUAAUUAUAUUGA